AUGACAACUGAGACCAAUCCCGGCGCCCUGGACUCAUCCUCCCUCGCCGAGUUCCAACAAUCGUACGAGGCCCAACCCUCGCAUCAGCUCAUGCAAAACGUGGUUACCCAGCACGACGUCAACGAUGUCGCACUCAACCGCACCAUCGUGACGGAAGCGGUCAACUCGUUCUCCACCGUCCUCGACGACUGGAGCGUCACCAACCAGGCGCGCUCCGGCCGCUGCUGGAUGUUCGCCGGCCUCAACCUGUUCCGUGCCGAGACCCGGAACCUCCUCAACGCCGUUCUCGAGACCGCCGACCGCCCCGUCGACGACCGCGUCGUCGCCUGGCUGCUGCACCAGCCCCUCGGCGACGGCGGGCAGUGGGACAUGUUCGUCAGCCUGGUCCGCAAGCACGGCGUCGUACCCAAGACCGUCAUGCCCGAGACCGAUAGCUCCGGCAACUCCAUGCGCAUGAACGCCGGCCUCAACUACCAGGUCCGCCAGGGCGCCCGCAACAUCCGCCGCAUCUACGCCGACGAGGGCGGCAUCGACGCCAUGCGCGAGGCCAAGCAGGAGUCCCUCCGAGCCAUCUACCGGAUCCUCUGCAUACACCUCGGCAAUCCGCCCGCCGCCUUCGACUGGCAAUGGAAGGACAGGGACGGAGAGUUCCAUCGCGAUGGCGAGAUGACGCCGCUGGAGUUCGCCGAAAAGUACAUCUCCACGCCCAUGGAGGAGUACGUCUGCCUCGUCCACGAUCCCCGGAAGGACAACCCGCCCGGCCGCACCUACACCGUGCAGUACCUCGGCAACGUCGUCGACGGCGCCCGCAUCAAGUACCUCAACGUCGACAUCGAGCUGAUGAAGGACAUCGCCAUGCGCAUGCUCCAGGACGGGACUCCCGUCUGGAUGGGCUGCGACACCGGCAAGCAGAUGCACCGCGACAAGGGCCUUUGGGACGCCGACCUGUUCGAUUACGCCAGCGUCUACAACGCCGAGUUCUCCAUGGACAAGGAGGAGCGGCUCGAGUAUCACAGACUGCCAUGA